AUGACAGAUGAUGAGGCGUGGAAAAUUCAGCAGCAAAUUGGGCAGUUGGAAUUCCCAUUUACUUUCUUAAAGGCGCUGCAAUUUGCUCUAUUCAGGACCUACGGCAUUCCCACGAUAUCAAGUCUUUUAACAAGAACAUCUGAAUUCUCCUGUCAACAGAGCGCAACAAAACGGUAUGCAGACACCGCUGUUCUGAUAGCAGAAUUUAUGGGCAACCCACCCUCUUCUCCACGAAGCCGAGAUGGUAUAGCUCGUAUGAACUAUAUUCACUCCAUGUAUCGAAAAUCCGGGAAGAUUCUUGACGACGACAUGAUGUACACACUCAGUCUCUUUGCACUUGAACCGAUCCGGUGGAUUGAUCGAUACGAAUGGCGGUCUUUAACCGACUUGGAGAAAUGCGCCUUAGGGACAUUUUGGAAAUCAGUUGGCGACGCUAUGGAGAUCAACUACGGGAAAUUACCCUCUUCUACUACAGGGUUUAAAGAUGGGCUUCAGUGGCUAGAGGAAAUCGAGGCGUGGAGCCAGGCGUAUGAGAUCAAAUACAUGGUACCUCAUGUUGACAAUAAUCGGGUUGCAGAAGAGACCGUUGAGAUUCUUUUGUGGACCGUGCCUCGUAUCCUCCGGCCUCUAGGGCGAAGAAUGGUAUAUUUCCUGAUGGAUGAUCGUUUGCGCGCAUCGAUGAUGUAUGGUAUACCUCGGAAUAUUGCUAUCAAUAUUCUAUCCCGAUUCGCUAAUAAUCUUAAUUCAAGGUAUCAUCGCCCUGGCUGGCUAUACUGUUUCAUUUUCUCGAAAAUAUUCACAGUGCGAAAAUUCUUUCUUCGAUAUCUAUCCCUCCCCCGCCCAGAAUAUUUCAAGGUGCGACGAAUUACCACCGAUCCAGCUGAGCCACCUCCUCACUUCCUUCUCAGUUGGGAGGGCGCCCCAUACUAUGUGCGACCGACAUUGUGGAACCGCUGGGGGCCUUCCGCUUGGCUCGCAAGGCUACUUAAGCUUCCUCUCCCAGGAGAUGGCGGCGACACCUAUUAUCCAAAUGGAUAUGAUACACCUACAGUAGGCCCACGCGCUUUCGCAGGGAAGGGACGAGAGUAUCAUGAGCAGACAACAGAGCGACUAUUGAAAGACCGACGAGGCCAGUGUCCAUUUGUUGUGUCCCGGUGA